GUUCAUUAAAAACAAAUUAAUAUUUUAAAAAUGAGCAAAAAGGCACUUUUUCAACACAUAACAUCAAGACUAUUUAGCAGUAGCAAAAGUCAAUUUAAUGUAAAAUCAAGAUUGAAUCCAGUCAAAAACAUCUACCAGAGCUCAAAAUUCUUAAUACUCGAAGAAAAUGACAAAAAAUCAUACAAAUAUCCACUUGUGUGGCUACGUGACAAUUGUCAAUGUGUACAUUGCUUUCACCAAGGUUCAAGUUCACGAACGAUUAAUUGGGAAAAGUUUUCUGUGAAUCAGGAGUUAACUGCAAUUGAGCGCUGUGAGGAAAGUAAAAAAGUAACGUUGACAUGGGCAGAUGGGCAUAAAAGCAUUUUCGACGAUAAUUGGCUACUAUCGAGAAAUUUUUCGCCAGAAAAUCAAAAAACUUAUCUUUCAACACAUUAUCGCCCCGAUAAAAAUCCGGUUUGGGGCAAAAAUGACUUUCAAAAAAUCUUAAAGAAAUUCGAUUAUUCUGAAGUAAUUUCAACAGAUCGUGGAUUAUUUGAAUGGCUUGAAACAUUAUCCCGCAGGGGCAUCGCAAUUUUACAGAAUACCCCUUUGACACGUGAUGAAUGUCGAAAACUCGCAAAUCGUGUGGGAUUUAUUCGAAAGACUCAUUAUGGCGAAGAGUUUGAGGUUAUUGCAAAGGAAGGAACAAGCAAUGUGGCUUAUUUAUCAUCAGCUUUGCAACUUCAUACAGAUCUUCCUUAUUAUGAUUACAAGCCGGGUGUUAAUUUACUUCAUUGUUUGGUACAGUCACAAUCUGAAGGAGGUUUCAAUCAAAUAACGGAUGGUUUUUUUGUGGCACAAAAGAUGAAAGAAGAUUUUCCCGCGUAUUUUAAAGUUUUGAGUGAAACACUUGUCAACUGGAGUGACAUUGGGCAGGAAGAUGGAAAUAAAUUUCAUAGUAUAUAUCGAGCACCUGUCAUAAUGCUCGAUCAUGAGGGUAAAUUUGCAAGAAUAAAUCAUAGUGUGCCACAAAGAGACAGCUUCUUCACCGUAAAUGUCGAUGAUGUUGAAUUAUGGUAUCAAGCAAUGAAGAAAUUUGUGGAUAUCUUACACGAUGAAACGGUAGUCUUUAAAACGCAACCUGGAGAGAUACUAACCUUCGAUAACAUUCGUCUAAUUCAUGGAAGAACAGAGUAUAAAGACAACACAAAUAAUACUCGUCACAUAAUCGGCAGCUAUCUCGAUUGGGAUGAAAUUUAUUCAAGACUUCGGGUUUUACGAAGCAGUUUGCAGUGCUGA